AUGCCUUUUUUCCUCACGCCGAAAUACUCGAAACCACAGCGCAAAUCUGCGGCCUAUUGCACACCCCUGAGCCUGGGACUGGAGGCACUCCUACGCGGCAAUGCCACACAACCCCCCGCUGAGACCGGAGCCAACAGCCUCCCUAACACAGCCAGAGUGCCGGACCGCAAUGGGACGUCGCUCCCAAAAGCCGACCACUGCGCUGAUGGCAGAGACAUUGGGGACAUGCUGAGGCAGCCUGCACAGCCCAAGAUGACUCCGGCAGAGGACCGGAAUAAUGAGACCCAG